CUGCUCGAGAGGGAGAGCGCGAGCUGUCUACGGUAAUGUUCCAUACGCCCUCUCCGCCCCUGCUGCUCGAGAGACAGGUGGUCGGGACACAUGCCUUCAUCCUCGAGCGCUCCCGGGUUAAAAUAAGAAAACAAAUCGGUUGACAGACAGCGGUGGGACUGCUGAUCGUGAGGCAAGCGCGUCCCCGAUGGAAUUGGAGCCGGUGACCUCCGCGCAGCGAGCACUGGGCAGAGGAGAGAGAGGGGAAAGCAAGUUGGCGAGAGAACCUCACCGAUUUACGUUUCUCACCAUGACUAUUGCGCUGGCUGCUUUUCCGCCGCAGCGGAGGGGAUCGUUAUUCACUCACAGAAGGAAGAAACACACACACCUCUGAGGCAAACCGGAGAGAGAGCAUUACCGGGAAUUUCCUUUUGUUCCAUUAUUCAUUUGGAUCCUAAUAGCUGGUGGAAGUUGUCUCGUGGGGAUUAUGAUGGCUUCGGGUGCCGGUAAAGCCCCGCAGCCCCCCGGGCCAGGCUCCGGUAGCCUUAACGGGACUGCAGCAGACUUACCGAACAUAGAGCAGGAGCUGUAUGACUAUCAGAUGCAUGGCAAGAUGUGCAAGAAGAUAGCUCAGCUAACCAAGGUGAUCUAUUCUCUGAACACUAAGAACGAAGAGCAGGAGGCGGCCCUUCAGGCCGUCAGCCACGCCCACCAGGAAGAGCUGAGGCGGGUUACCACGGGGACGUGUACCGAGGGGGAGGAGUCGGUAGUGCUUAGGACACGCCUCUCAGAGCUGCAGGAAACUCUAGCUCAGGUUCAGGUAGACUUUGAGAGCUACCGUGUCCAGGCGGAGGAGAGGGAUCGUGGGGUAGAGGCAGAGCUAAGGAGGGACUAUGAGGAAAAGCUCCAGGCUCUGGGGCUGGAGAGACAGGAGACCCAGGCCCAACUCAACACGGCCCACGACGAGAGUCUCCGACUGGGGAGAGAGCUGGAGACGGCUGGGGAGGCUGCGCAGUGCCUGGGGGUUCAAUGUGAUGAACUACGGAGGAAAGGAGAAGAGGAGCGAGGGAAAGGGAAGGAGGAGGAGACGGAGAGAAUGCGACUCCUCUCGGAGGAGGUGAAGACUCUGAGGAAAGGGAAGGAGCGAGCAGAGGAAGAGAGGGAGAGAGCAGGGAGAGAGGAGAGGGAGGAGAGGGAGAAGUGGGAGAGGGAGAGAGCAGAGAGAGAGGAGAGGGAGAAGUGGGAGAGGGAGAGAGCAAUGAGAGAGGAGAGGGAGAAGUGGGAGACGAGGAUGAAGGAGGUGACAGAGGAGAAGGAGGAGUUGAAGAGGAGCAUGGAGGAGGCGCGCAGGGAGGAGAGAGAGGAGGAGGAGAAGAGAGGGAUGAGUACAGUACUGAGAGAGAGAGUGAGGAAGGCGGAGGGAGAGAUGGAGGGCAGUCUGCAGCGACUCAACGAGAGCAAGAGACACGCUGCCAAACUACAGGACAGAAUACAGGACCUGGAGGAGGAGUUGAGUCGGGGAGGAGGCGUGUCUCGGGGGCAGAGGGUGGGGCUAAGAGGGCAUGGGAGGAGUUAG